AUUGUGUACGAUUUUGAAAUGGGGUUACUAUACAUGUCAUUCGCGUGGUUACGGACAAGGCCGACUUAGACAUGUUAGAUGAAGGUAAACAGGAAAGAUAUUCCUUCGAAUAGUUCUCUUCAGCAAUAUCAGACUGGAAUUGGAAGGGGUUUGCUUCAGCAAGAGGAAGUUAACUUCUAGAAGCAGACUUCAAGAACAGCAUUACAGUAUAAAUGUCAACGGAAUCAGAUCUAAUCUAGAUCACUUCAAAAAGUAGGUAAACAGAAUUUUGUCAGCGACAGAAUCGUUCAACUUAUUGUGACAUCUGCCAGAACCUUGGUAGAAUGGACCAGGAAAUCAUGGGGAAGAAAUAAGUGCCAGUGGAUUGUGAGGGGGACUCUCUCUGGACUAUGCUAUAGGUGAAUCGAGAUUGUGGCCUACGGUAACGCCUCAAGAAUAUCCAGCAGGACAGAACUUGGAUGUCACAGAAGGAAAAUAUGAUGUAAUAAAUAUAAGCUGAGAUACAUAUUUAGUUCAGAUCAAUGAAGAGGACGAAUCUCACAGGAAUUGCCUUUACUGUAAACAUAUUAGGAAAUUUAAAGCAGAAUUGAGGAAGAUGAGGAAUAGGAAAGGAAAUAUCAUUGUUAGACAUCGUCACAUCAGGCAUACUCACCAAGGUUAGAGACGAUCAGGAUGCAGUAAAAUUACCGAUGUGGACAUUUUUUGUUGAUGAGUGACUAGAAACAUGGGAUCAAAGGGAUCAAAGAUAGCUUCAUCUCCGAAGCCAAAGGGUGAAGAAGAAGAGGAGGUAAGUUCCAGUGGUGCCAGCAACAUCAACACCAGGAGGCGCAAGAAGGACCGUCAUGGAGAAGCAUCCUCCAGAUCUCCGAAGUCGAACCGCAAGAAACACAAGCGGAAGAUCACUCUGAACCCUCUGUCCUACCACAGCCAUAGUGUCUUCAGUUCGAUGGAAAUCGACAAAACACUCCGGAAAAGUUCGGUGGACGUCAGGAACAAGCUGACGGACUCGAUGAAGUCGAUCAGAUCGGACGCGUCGGUCUCGGACGCCUCGUGGUACACGGACAACAGUUCCGUGGAACUCAUUGACCAUGAAGUCUUCGAGUACCCAUUUGAGAACUUGAUCUUCGAAGGCGGAGGAAACAAGGGUUUGGCGUAUGCUGGUGCUAUCCGGGAGCUUGAAAGAGUUGGAAUAUGGAAGAACAUCAAACGACUCGGAGGGGCAAGUGCGGGGGCAAUGACUGCGGCCCUCAUGGCGAUCGGAUACAACUCUUAUGAACUGAAAGAAUUUCUGAGCAUGAACCUCCAGGGAUAUUUCCUAGAUGCAAGGUGCGCCACGUGUAGUCUUCUUCCAAACCUCCUGAGGCAUUUUGGGUGGCAUCCUGCGCGUCGUCUCUUCGAGUGGUUCGGAGAUAGACUAGAGGAGCAGACUGGUGAUGCCGAUGUAACCUUUAAACAGCUGUACGACCGAUUGGGCAAAGAGCUGUGUAUCGUGGUCACCAAUCUGAAUCACAUGGAUGCCGAGUAUUGUCACGUGAAGACUACGCCAAAUAUGCCGAUAAGGAUCGCAGUGCGCAUGUCUCUUGCAAUCCCAGGUUUGUUUGGUGCAGUGAGGUGUGAAAAACAAGGGAGUCAUGAUUACUAUGUAGACGGGGGUGUCCUCUGCAACUAUCCUUUACAUUGCUAUGACGGUUGGUGGCUUUCGAUGAAACCUCAAGACAGUAUGCUGAGAAGACUUCAGCCACUUGAAGACAUCGGUAAACUAUGGGACAAGAAGGAACGAUUUGGAACCAUUAACCCGAAAACAAUCGGACUCUACCUCUACAGCAGCGAUGAACAGGAUGUUAUGGUUUCAAAGCUACAAAGGAGGAAAAUGCACAAUGUAAAACGACCUGACACAAAACUUUCCAAGAAGAGGGAAGGAAUCAGAGAGGUGAAAGACGCGGCCGUGCGCGAGCACGCUAUCAUUACCCAGGCGUUGUCGAGUUUUCUUAGACUCCUUGCCGAAAGCGACGUCGACGAGAGCGGCUCGAUCACGAGAAAAGAACUCCAGCAGGCAUUUUCCAAGAAGGUGGAUUACUUUACGGACGGGCACCGUCGAACUCUUUUCGGGGACAACUGCCAAGUCGAUGAUAUUUUCGACUAUUUGAACCACGAAAAGGAUGAUGAGAUAACCUACCAGGAAUUACAAGACUUCGCUGAGAAACGGGGCGUGGCCAUCCAAUCCAGUUUCGAGGGAUACGGGAGAAAAGAGAUCAAGUCAUUUGGUCAGUUCCUCGGAGCUCUUUCCGACACCCUACUCGUUAAUGUCAAAAGAAUUUUUACCACGGACGAGGACAUCGGCCGAACGAUUGGUAUCGAUACCGUCUAUGUUGGUACCACUGAUUUUGAACUGGAAGAGGGCGACAUACAAUUUUUGUUUGAGCAAGGAGAGCGAGCAGUUCGAUCUUACCUCCGCCAUCAUGUGAGACUCCACGACCCACCUCUGAAGAAAGAACUGCGAGGCGGAAGUACAACAGAGAGCACAUUACCCUAUAGAGAACCCAAGCAACAGUUUCACGCAGAUCCAGAGCGAGCAAGGGACUCCAAACAAGGGUCUGCCGUUCUUUCCCGCACUAACUUACACGCGCAUAACCUAAGCGUGAAUGCAACAUCGCAAGAUACAUUGGAUAGGUCGGGCCCGUUGCCGAGUCGCCUGGACAGUGGACCGCCGAUACUUAUCUCGGAACCGAUGGAAGAAGUGCCUCGUAGCCGCACCCGGUUGCCGCCACUCGAAGGCACUAGUCACAGAAGUCCCUCACCAACAAGGUUCGAUGUUAUCCCCAUGGGCUCUCGCAGUUCGCUUCGUCUUGGGAACUCUCCGAGUUCAUCUCCAAAGUUGCUUCAUGGUGACAACUGCCCGAGUACAUCUCCAAGGAGUAUGUCUCCGGGCUUGUUUCAUGGCGGGAACACUCCGACGAGAUCUCCGAGAUUGAUUCAUGAUGGAUAUUCUCCAAAUACAUCUCCUCGAUCAAGGUCUGACGGGGAAAAGCUUGUACGUGCGAAGAGAGGGAAAAGGUCAGCAAAGGACUUGUCAAACAGUGCAUUUGAUCAGAACGAUUCUUGAGAAAGGGCAUUAUUAUGAUUUUUCUUUUAAUACAGAACAAAAAACUCUAUUUUAAUGCAGGUUCUGAGCGUCUUUCAAUCAAAUCAGAUCAACCGAUCAUGGCUGUUGAGUUUCGAUUUGGUGUUAACUUUAGUUUUGUCAGAGUAGGAAAUUUGAUUUUGAUUUUCGCAAGAGUGGGGGACAUCACAUUAUGCAAAAUAGCGCUUAUAUAUAUCUGUCUAAGUGUGGAAAUUUUUUUUUUGUAUUUUCCCUGCAAAUGCACUAAUAAAUGUAAUUCAAAAGACACACAGUCUCUUAGAUUUCAAAUCUAACAAAAGUGAAUUUGGUCUUUUUUGGAAAUAUUUAUAUGUAUCCUCCCCCCCCCCCCCAUUGACUAAACUCUGGCUAGUUAUCAGGCAAAAGGCUACAUUUAGAUGCACAUUUGAAUACAGAAACCUACAUGUGUUGUAGUAUGUUAGUUAUUUACUUAUAGUACAAUUUGUUUCAAUUAUUGAUUAUGCAUUUCUUAUUUUUUGCACAUAGGAAAACUAUAUGUAAGUCAUCAAUUUAUUUGCCUAAUUGCCUUCCACAUUUAUUUUUGCAAUAAAAGUGAAUUACGCAAUUGCAAUGAUGGAAAAUUCAUCAUUAUGUUAGUUGUUUAACAAUUAGAAACAUUUGGAAUUUAUUUCAUAGUUUUACUUUAUAGCUGCACAUGUUAGCCAACUAGGUAUAGGCAAAUGAACUGGUGCUUGACAAGAAACUUACCACUGUAAUAAAGAAGAAAUACUGGAGCAAAGUGUUAAGUUAACCAACCAAUCAAAUAUAUUUAUUAAUUUUUGCACAUCAUCAUGUGCUAAUUAUUGCUUUACAUAACUACAAAUGUGAUCACAUUUUCACUGUUGGCAUUGAUAAGAAAUACUUUGACAUAACAUCAAGUCAGUGUGACAUUUCAAAAGUGGAAUGUGUUAACUCGUUAAGUCCAAUUCACUAUUUGGAAGGAAUGAUAUUUUGUGACUCCAUAAACUUUUAACCCUGAAGAGACAAAAUAUCCUUUUUUUUCUGAAAAAAGAAAGAAAUUACAAUAGCAGACCUCCUACCCCUUCAUAACACAGAAAUUUAGAUAAUUUUGCUCCAAAGAUAACCUUACCAAAGAUAUAGAUAUAAGUGAAGUGAACUAAGAAAAUCAGUACUUAUUUUGAGAUAAUAAUACAAAUAUGGUAUCUUCAUCACUUUGGCAGUAAUUUUUUUUAUACAUACAAAAAAUAGAUUUCUCAAACAAUACAAUUGUUCCUAAAAUGUUUAACGAAUUUUUAUAAAGAAGUACCGGUAUUUUGGAUGAGAAAAUUGCUCACAAUGUACAUGUAAUGCAUUGUAAAUCAAUAUGGGAAGAAUUUUCCCCCACAAAAUAAAUAAAACAAAAGGGUAUAAAAAUGGGUAAGAUUCACUUGGUCUACAAGUACUUCGUCUAAUUCUGAGACACUCUUAUACUACAUGGGCCAAACCCAAUUAGUCGGCUAAACCCAGUGGCCCGUAUUCUGAACUCGGGUUUAAAUUAAACACUGGUUUAAAGUUGUAGUUUAACUAUGGAAAGCCAGUUGUUACAUAUAUUUCUAACAGUAGAGGUUCAAUCAGCUCAUUUGACUCCCAAAACAUUAACUACCUGGGAAGGAUAAGUAUGACAGUCUUCACCAUUAAAGAAUUAGUAAAGACCACAGUAAACAUAAGAAGCAAUCACUGUAAACAAAAUUUUGAAACGUCUGGCUUCUCAUAAUUUUAGCACAGAGUUAGACAUGGUCUAAGUUAAACCCGACUUAAGAAUACGGGCCAAUUAGUCCAAUACCCACUUAGUCAAUUUGUCUACAUAUUAUUUACCGCUUUAAAAAAUUAAGAUUGGGUACCUUAACAGUUCAUUUAAUCAGAGAGACAAAGUAGUUGUACACCAACACCAAGUGGCAAUUUACCCCAAAAUGUACCAAAAAUGAAAAAAAUAUUUAUGUUACUGGCAUGUGGUCAGAACAAGGAUUAGAGGAAAGCCCUUCUCAACUAAUGCAUAUGCCUGUAAAAUAUGAAGUCAUUAACUUGAUCUGUGCACCUUUUAAAGAUGGGUUAACGUGGUGACAUUUGUAAUUCAGUGAGUGUUGCUUCCUCUUUGUGUAUCUUGUUUUUAAUUCUAUCAUAUUCAAUAACUGUGAUUUUCUUCAUUCUUCUGUGAAUAUUUUAUUCUUAACUUUUAUAUACUUUCAAUACCAUUAUAUUGUGGCUGGUUAUGAGGUGGAACUAAAUUUUAUCAAAAAUUCUCGGUGGAUUUUGACAAAUACAAAUAUUUUUGUAAGAUGUACAAAAUAAUGACAAUCACUUAACAUUGUAAUUUUCCCCCUAUCUUUGCCAAUAGAUGGGGAAAAACCCAACAUUUAGCUCUAGUUAACAAGGAAGAAGUAUUGAAAUACAAUCCCUUUCAGCUAUCAUUAAAACAUUUCACUUAAAUCUGUAUCAGUGCAUACAAAGGCUUGUGAAUGGUACUUCAAAGGCUCAGGGAAAAUUUUGCCGUGUUUUGGAUUAAUUUUAUAUUAACUUUAAACAAAUGAUAUUUGUGAAUUUCCACUGUCAUGUUAACGAUACAAUAUUGCUACCAUAUGUACACAGGCUAAGUGUAUUCCUGAUAAUUCAUUUAUUAACAUUAAACAUACAUUCUUACCAUUUGAUAUAAUAUUGAUGCAAAUAAAUUGUGAACAUGAAAUAUA